UUUGGUUAUGGACUCGUUUUGUAUUUUGUAUAGGUUUGUAUUUAUUUGCGGGUAGGCUGCAUACCGUCCUAAGAGCGCUAAUGGAUCAGUGCAUUAAUAUGGAAUGAUAGGAUACCUCGUUCACUUUGUGGUUAGUCAUGUGCGAUUACUGACACGGAAACAUUUUGGUCCAAUCGCUAUACAUAAUUUAAAAAAACAAACAAACUUAAAACGUGAGACCAUUCAAACAAGAUUAACAGAUUUCACUAACGUUGCGUCUGCGCUUUGCUUGGCUGCAGCACUUUUUGUUUUUGUUGUCACUUUCAGGCGGAGGUUGUGGGAGAGUAUAGAAACACUAACACACUACCAAUCCCCGUGGGCAGCUAAUCCCGGAUCUCCUCUAAUCUCUUCAAAGCACUAUUUUGCACACACGUCAUGAUGAAGGACUGCCUGCAGUUCCUCGUUGAACCCGCUAAAAAGCUGAAGAUUCGCCUCAAGGAAACUCGGAAGAGAGUCCGGAAUGACAGGAAGGAACCUCUGGUGGAAAGUCAGCUGUUUAUUAUGGAACUGGCUCGGGAGCUGAAUAAAAUGUGCCAGAGGUCCCACGUCCUCAGCCACAUCUGGACCUUCGAGGACAGCUGGCCUGCCAGCGUGUGUCGGGACUUCAUCGUGGAGUGGGCCGCCGUGAUCGAGAAGAGGGUGCAGCCCCGGCUGAUCCAGACGGAGAGCCAGGCGGAGAGGACGGAGAAGAGGGACUGGAAAGGCCACCUGCUGUGCAUGCUGGAGGCCGGGGGGGAGUACGAAAUGGCGCCCCACAAGAGAGUCAUCCUGGACUGGGUACUGGACGUCAGGAGCCGGCCGGAGGCGUCUAUCUGGCCGGGGGAGCCUGUGCUGAUGAUGCUGGAUGACCUUGAGUUCCAGUGGAAGAGGGGCCGUCUGCCUAAUCUGCUCCCAGCCAUGGAGCUCAUCAUGCUGGCCUUGCUCAACGCCCAGAGUCCUGAAAAGGAGGACGUAACCAAACAGUGGCUGGUGAGGAAGCAGCGAACCCAGAGGAUCGAUGCUGCUCGCUACAUCCCACACAGCGUGUGGAAUUGGAUCUGCGAGGCGGCAGAGGACGUCCUCCUGGACCCCGACACGGCCAACGGCGACCUGCUGAUCUCCGACGACGCCAAGCGCAUGCGCUGCGGCGUGGAGGGCGGCGACGCCCCCUGCUGCGCCCGCCGCUUCGACGGCUGGCGCUGCGCCGCCGCGCGCCGCGGCUACGCCUCCGGGCGCCGCUACUGGGAGGUGGAGGUGGGCGACCGCGACUGGCGCCUGGGCGUGGCCAAGGCCCGGGCGCCGCGCCGGGGCUACCGCGCGCUCAACGCCGACUCGGGCUACCUGACGCUGCGGCUGGAGCGCGGCAGCGAGCUGAAGGCGCUGACGGUGCCGGCCACGCCCCUCGCCCCCGGCCUGGCGCCGCCCCGCCGGGUGGGCGUGUACCUGGACUACGAGCAGGGCCAGCUGUCCUUCUACGACGCCCAGCGCCGCGCGCACCUGUACACGUACAACGAGAGGUUCACCGAGGAGCUCACCCCCGUGUUCGGCACGGUGGAGGCCAUGAAGGACCUGGUGAUCCGGCCCGCUGCCGUCAGGGGCCCCUGCCUCUGUCCCGGGCCCUGCCUGUGGAACUGAACCCCCCCUCCCCCGUCCCGCACACGGACCUGUCCCGCACCCCGUUGCACCCCGGUCGCGUUGUUAUGCUUUUCCCUGAGUUGUUAUGGUUACUGUUAUGAUUGUUGUUGUUUUCCUGGCUCGUUGCUGGCACAAUGAUGAGUCUGAUGAGACACGGGAUGGAAUUCCGUUUUCUUAUUUCGAUUGAUAUUCCUGUGCUUGAAGCGCAGCAUGCUUCCCCUGCAGGGUUGCCUUUUUUGAGACGUAGGGUAGGAAAAGCACCCGACAUCCCGUUGACCUUCGACCCCCGUACUAAACUGUAUCGAACAAGGAUGAAGGACACAUCUCUAUCUCUGAAAACAUAUCUAUUUUUGACACCGUUUAACAUUCAGAACCGAGAACUCGGCCGCGUGUCCACGGAGCAUGAAGACGCGUCUUGGGGGGACCGCGACGCAGUAGACUGCUAACGUAAAGCCUAGGCUGUGCAUGCCAACAGACGGCAGUCUCUCCUCCUCUUCCUCUCUCUCUCCAGCUUGUUGCAGGCAUUUCUGUAGUGCAUUAGCGUUUCGGUUUUUGUUUUUUGACACGUUUAAUUCUGCUGAAACUCAUCUGUGCAUUAUCUUGUGAUGGCCAAGGCACGACCCCUCAUCCAAACGAUAAUAAAUGACAAAAUGGCAGACUCCAUGAUUAACCUUUGUCUCACAGGGUCACAAAUUACUGUUGGACAUUGAUAGAAGUUUACUUAGAAUCUUUAUUAAGUGCAUUAAAGUGGAUAUACCCAGAUACAAAAAUACAAACAAAGCCAAAAGGUUUUUGCUGUUAUAAUGAAGCAACUCGUAGAAGUUUAUCUGAAGUGCAGGAAUACUAUGGCACGUUUUUUUUCUUGGUGCAAAUACAAAAGUUGUUCCCUCAUAUAAAAAUGUCAAAUUAAAACGUAAACACAA